AUGGCACUCCUCGAUUUCGAAAACUCGCUCUUCCUCAUCUUGAUCCCAUUAGGUGCCUCUCCAGUCCUCUAUCUCCUCUACUCGGCAUUCCGCGCCAUACUCUCACAAUUAAGGGGGAUUCCCGGACCUUUCCUCGCACGCUUCACACGAUUCUGGAAACUGCGGGAAAUUUACAAGGGGUCAUUCGAGAAGACGAAUACUAGAUUGCAUCAGAAAUAUGGCCCAAUCGUCCGGAUUGCUCCAAAUGAAUAUAGCAUCGAUGAUCCCGAGGCGGUGAAGAUCAUAUACGGCCUUGGUUCGCAGUUUAUAAAGGCAUGGAAACAAAGCCCGUGGUAUAUUGCAAGUGGGAGCGCUGAUCCUCAUGCACCGAAAGAUCUCUUCACAGAUCGCAACCCCACCCGGCAUGCUGCAAACCGCAGGAAAGUAGCUUCUGUAUAUUCAAUGACGACACUAGCUCAACUUGAGCCGUUUGUGGAUGAAUGCUCUUCGAUUCUCCGAACGAGAUUUACGGAAUUUGCGGACCAGAAGAGAACUAUCAACAUGGCGCACUGGAUGCAAUGUUAUGCAUUCGAUGUUGUAGCGAAGCGCUUCGGUUUUCUCGAUGCAGGCGAAGAUAUCGACGGCAUCAUGUGGGAUAUCCACAAAUACCUCAUCCACGCCUCCCACGUUGGCGUGUACUCAGAACUGCACCGGCCCAUCUCCAAACUCCUAUCCCUCCUCCGUGGCCCGAAAGGGAUUUCAGCAACAAUGCAAUUCACACAAAGCCAACUGCAAGAACGACUAUCCAAAAUGGAUGUGGAAAAGAUCGACUCGAAAGGCGACUUUCUCUCGAAAUUGCUGAGGCUGCAUGCUGAGAACCCAGAGAAGAUCACUAUGUCUGAUGUCUUCACGACUUGUAUGACUAAUAUUGGGGCUGGCAGUGAUACGACGGGAAUCAGUUUGAGCGCGGUGAUCUACCAUCUCUGCAAGAAUCCGGAAGUAAUGAGGAAAUUGAGAGAAGAAAUCGAUGAAUUGGCGGGGAAAGGAGAGAUUUCGGAUCCUGUGACGUUUGCGCAGGCGCAGAAGAUGCCGUAUUUGCAGGUUGUUUUGAAGGAGGCGUUGAGGAUGCACCCCGCUACUGGGUUGCCACUUGGAAGAGUUGUUCCUGAGGGUGGAGCUGUCAUUGCGGGAAGGAUGUUCCCAGCCGGGACCGUUGUCGGUGUUAACUCUUGGGUGGCCCACGCAAAUACUGAUGUAUUCGGACUCGAUGCUUCAGUAUUUCGUCCCGAGAGAUGGCUGGUCGAUAAAGAUCGAUAUAAUGCUAUGGACAGAUACUUCUUUGCAUUUGGAAUGGGCUCCAGAACUUGCAUCGGCAAGAAUAUCAGCCUCCUCGAGAUGACGAAACUUAUUCCGCAGCUUGUUCGUAAUUUCGACUUUGAUCUCGCCGAACCUGGUGCAGAUUGGGAAACCGUGAAUGUGUGGUUUGUCAAACAAACAAAUUUCAAUUGCAAGAUAAAGUUGCGAGCGAGAGUGUAG